AUGGGAAAGGGCCUUGUGAUUAUGGAUUAUCCUGGCCAAGUUUUAGUGAGACCGAAGAACAAAAGAACCAUCAAGCAUUUGGAAGCCCCCAUAGAUUAUGCCGACACACACAAUGACUCUGAACAGAAACAGCAGUGUGCUGUGAAUGACAUCGCUGAGACCCCCGCUGAACAGACGUGUCCCACAUCAGAGGAGGCCUGGCUGAGCUACUGGCAGCAGCAUGGGGAGGGCCUGCUGUGGCAGAGCUGGCUGGAGAAACAACCUGAAAUCUCCAGCAGUACAGCACAGGAAUGUUCCCGCUCAGAGGCAGACUGGGACGAGCACUACCAACAAACAUACCAGUACUACUGGGAACAGUUUCACUACUGGGCCACCCAGGGUUGCAUAGUGGACGAGACCUACAGCCCCACCGCUGCUUCUGAGGAAUAUCAGGGCAUCCGAGGAGAAACAGAGGCACUCAAGUCGAAUCAGAUAGAAGAAAGAUCGAGUGUUACACAACUCAUAAACAGCCUGAGCUUACUGACUGAGGAAGUUGACGGCGAGGAUGGCGACCAGCAGUUUUUGGUCUGUAACUGUGUUGAUGAGCCCUGUGAUGGUGGAAACCGCAAAAGGCCAUCGUCACGUACAGCCUGCACUGACAGUUCUGAUGGCAGCAUGAAACAGACCUCUGCGCCAUUGCGUAAUUGGAGUGGACAGCCCAUAAAGAGCAGAUCUAACGAUGAGGAUCAGAGUGAUGAUGAUGAACCUCCAGGGAACAGAUGAGCUAAAGUGAAGAGAGCUCAUGAGCUGGAUGUUGAGGAGCUUGCAGAGGUGCCAGUUGAGGAGGCGUGGGAUGCUCUCGGUCCGAGACGUGGUCCACAGCCCAAGUUUGACAGCAUUGUGAAGCUGAAACAAGGCCAAGCUCCAUAUGCUGGCAGAAGGAGUGAGGAGAACAGAAAGCCUUCCAAGGAAAGAAAAAAAGCAGCCUGCAAAAUCAACAAGCACAUCUUCUUUACUGAUGAUGGACCACAAACCACAAAGCCACAGAUCAGCAAAGUCCUUCA